AAGUGCGAAAUAUAAUCAAUAAUUAGAGCAAGGCUGUUAUGGACGCACUCAUACACUAACCCCAUCGGACGUACCCACAUAUACGUGUGGAAUGCGUGUACAAAGAAGCAUCUGAACACACAGGCGCAUACAUAGUAUAUACAUACAUGCACACACCUUCAUGUACAUUUGUACAUUCAAUUGCAUAUGGCCAUAUUAAAUGGCGUAAAGGAUGCAUGUGUGUGCCUGUAUGCAACUCAGCGUAGUAACAUAAGCCUGUGCUCAGCAACAAACUGUGCAACCAAAUCAAAAAGAAAACUGCACGCAGUUGCAGUCGUUAUAGCUAUAGAAAAUUGCACAGCAACAAAAUAACGGCAACAAAUAGCAAAAUAAAUAUAUCGAUUAUGUUCGUAUUCAACGUCGCAGUCGCAGUCUCGGUCGUCGUCGCUGUCGUUGUCGUUAGUGAUUGCUAGUGAGUGUAUCGGCGUUCGUUGUUUGGUGUACGCUCGCUCCCUUUUCGCAAGACCAACUGGCGACGAUGAUAAUUUUGGAUGUUAAACAAAAUAAGAAACAAUAAAGAAAUCUAAAACGGAAUAAUAACAAAGCAACAACAAACUGUGCUCAACAAACAUUUCAAUGCUUAGUAAUAGGAGCUUGGUUUGCUGUGGAUCUACGUAGUUUAGAAUGAAUUUUUAAUUAAAAAGUUUAAUUAAAAAGUUUAAAUAAAAAGUAUACUAAUACACAAUUUAUUGGGUUUUGGGAAUGACAAAGGAAACCAACGCAGCAUAGUCAGACGAAUAGCCGAUGUCAAGGAUUGCUAGAAUCAUCACGCUUCAAAUAAAACGAGGCGCAAACGGAUGUGGACAAAAGAAAAAAAGUCGGGACAGGAAAAAGUGCGAAUGUAGAAUUAAUGCCGUUGGGAGGGACAAAAAAUAACAAGAAAUCAAACUCAAUUGUUUCAAAGUGUUGUGAAGUAAGGAUAGUCGUAGAAUAACGCAUCAAUUCGAUCAGCUGCUUGGACGUAAGGCAAGCCAACCAAGGCUGGCGCAUCAUUCACCCAUAUAUAGUUACACAGACACAUCGAAAUAUAUUAAUUCGAAUGUCACUUGGUCGCAGGUGUAUUUACACAGAUGUCUGAUAUUUGUGGAACAGUUUCGUCGAGCCUCUCAUUGCGGAGACCGUCUCACCUACGACUUGCGAGAAUUUUGACGUGAAUCAACAGUUAAAAACAAUAAACGGAUAUUUUGAGUUCGACACCAGAGUCCAGCAUUAUAGAGUCUAUAACUUACGUCAUAAUUCCGUCGGAGGUCUCUGUUGCACUACUACUGCACAGGAUACUUCGCGCCAGUAAUCACUGACGUUGAUGCCGUUGCAAUUACUGCCAACUUCGUUGUCGAAGCAUGAUCUCACCGAAUCCAUCGAACUGCAGUGAAAGCGAUCAUCAUCUACACCACCAUGUGCAUCACACAGCAACCGCCGCAUCUCAAACUGGUGGCCACAGUGGCAGCAGCAGAGGACGCAUCGUAAGCAGCAGUAAUGUGUGCGGCGCGCGCUGUAAGUCAAUGCUUGGCUAUCAGCCGCAGCUGCAGAUGGUUAACGAUAACGAUGUCGUGGCUGGAAAUAGCUGCAGCGAUACUGGCUCAACAGGUGGCCGGUACAGUCCGCACCCGAACGAGAUGUUUCUACACCACCAUGGCAAACUAUCGAUUCAGCCGAUCACGGGAUACGAUGACGCAACGAAUUGCUGUCUGCCACCGCCAUCUCCAGCUCCAAACAACGAUAGAUACAUAAUGGGAGUUGCGUCACCGAAAAGUGCACAGAUAUGUGGUGCAAAUGGUAAUGUAAGUUGCCUGGAAAUGCACGCAACAUACGCUAAUUACGAUAGCGCCGAAGGCAAUAGCAGCGCUAACGGAAACGCACAGUCGCAACAAGCAAAUAUACAGCAGCAUCAUCAACAUCAACAGCAACCUCAGCAUAUUCAUUACGCCGCGCAAUCACUAUCAUCUUCUACAUCAACAUCACCGCUGGCUGCUAAUAGUGGUUGUGUCACAAACUUCACGCAAAAGUACGUAAGCAGCAUGCAACAGUGUUCAAUUUCACCGAAUACGCGGUUUCGCUUGUCGGAUCGAUAUCGUGAGGUGCCUACACCCAAAUCACUGGUGUUGAAUAACCCAUCCAGCGUUGGCAGCCAAAACGCGUAUGCAUCUGCUACAGGCGCAGUCACAUCACAGCCUUCCAGUGCCGCACGAUACGUUACUUCCGCACACUUUUUGACACAAAGUACGCCGCUGGUGGCAAGCGACACAUACACUUACCUUUCAUCGACAGUGCACACGCCAGUCAAGCGGUACGUACCGACCCCUCCACCGCCCAACGAACUAUACACUGACAUAUCGAUGCAGCCACCACCACCACAAACACCACAAACCCUAAGCAAAUGCGGAACCAACAGCAACGUAGUCGGCGUAAACGGUACCGGCGGUCACACAACGCAACAUGUCAACACAUUGCCCUAUCGCUUUCGAAUGAAAUGCUGCACCAAUGAUCCGCACAAUCCAGCUGUGACGCAGACAACCAAUUUAAAUACCUCGCCCUUGACCCAUAAUCUCGAACAUCGACCACUCUCCGUAACCGACUAUUACGCCACUUCACCUCGGACGCGACCAACCUAUGGAAAUAGUAGUCACAGCGGUCGCAGUGGCCAUAACAGUAGCGCUUGUUAUAGUGGUAAUACAAACGUUAUGGUAAACUCGAAAUGCACUUCUGCGAUAGGCAAAGAUUCUUCCAUACUCAUCUUGCACGAUCAACAAAUGCAAACAACUGGUCAUUCGGCGUCUACUAAGGUUAAUGGCACUGGUUCAUGCCUUUCUUCAUCGACCUUGGCGGGCUCUGUUGCUGGUUCGGUGUCAGGUAGGUCGUCUACUGCAUCACCGACAACUGUCCCUGGCAACAACUGUAACGGCAUGUAUGUGGUAGGAGUCAGCCGGUUGAAUACGACGAGUUCUGCACGCGCAAAUAAUACAAAUGUGAUAAGUGAUUACAUUCAACGGACGCCAAGCAUUGAAUACAUAAAUGCGACUGCAACGGCUGUCGGCCCGAUUGGCGGUCGUAUUUCCACACCCGUUACACAAAUAGAAGGCAACUCCGGAAAUGGAGCUAACAGCAGCAGCAUGAAUUCCAAUGCGGGCGCAGCCACGACUUGCUUGCAUUGCAACACAGUACGCCGCACAACGGGCGUACACCAAACGACACAAACAACGGGGCCCAUCAGUCCCAUACCACUACAACAGAUGAUGGAUGUCAUUAGCACCGGCGCUGUUGGUGGUAUGAAUAAUUGCAACGGCGGUUUCCUACAGAAUGUUCUAGACCAUGCGUCACUUACAUUGACACCAUCUACCAGUGAGUCACAUAUAUCCCCUCUCUCGCCAUCGGUGGCUGGUGCACAUAGUUCACACAUUCCAUUUCCGAGCAAAAUGGAUGAUGGUAGCAUUGGGGGUGGGGUCGAACAUCUGCAACAGCAACAGAUCGAGCAAAUAUACAUUGCGCAAAAGUCACAGAAACAGCAACCGAAAAAUGUCAUAACCCAGGGCACAGUCACAGAACAUGUUGGAGUGGUUAGCGGCAACCUAGGCAGUAUAGGCGGCCCCCAGCAACAACAUAAAGCCGUGGGGGGAAGUCGUUCGUUCAAUCAUCAGCAGCUAAUGCAGUCAAUGCAGCAACAAGUUAUGCAUCAGCCACAGCAGUCGUCGCCAUUACAACAACCCCUAAUGCAGCAACAGCAGAAAAUGCAGCGUUUUUCGCGUAAGAAACGUUUCAGCCAGUAUAUACGCAAAGAGAUAGCGCGCUUCUUUGGCGUAGAUGCCAGCUCGGAAGCUGAAGAGUUUGCUAUUUGGCAAGGCCGUCAACGACGUCUCGCUCUCCGUCGCUUUGGUGCGCUGAAGACCGACAGCGAGCUGCAUGCGGAAAUGAGCAAUAACAAUUCCGGCGAAGCAAAUAACCGUGUGAACUGCUAUGGUGGCUCCGGUGGUACAAGCCAACAGUACCAUCAACAUCACCAUCAUCAUUCGGAACGACCUGAUAUUUUACCCGCUCACGAUACGGAAGACAAUGAAUUGGCAAUCGAAUACUCGACACGCCGACGGCAUUUCUUGUAUGCCGACUUUCAAAUAGGUGAUCAUAUUGAGCGCAAAGCGACCGUAGCUACCAUGAUAAUGUCGAGCCUAACAUUUAUUGUUCAUACCUUAAAUAGGCGGCAGACGCGUAACUGUCGGCAGUGGUCUCGCAGCUUUGCGCCAGCUCACAUAAAUAAUAUUAAUGGUAUCGACAACUCAGGUGACGCUUUCGAAUGCCUUUCAGCGUUGCAAGACGACGAAGUGUUUUUCGACUCGGCUGGCACUGAGCAAGCCGUGGGCGGUGGGAACUUAAACGGCAACAACAACAGCAAUAGUGCAGCUGGCAUCUCCCUGCCGCAAUCGCUGGUCACGGGCGGCUUUAUGAGGACCGGCGGAUCCACUAUGAUAGCUAAUAGCGGUGCGAAAGUGAUUGAGCAUCAUCGACAGAUAUACAUGGGUGAACGCGUGCACGGUUGGCGCACUUCUUCUGUAAUAGGCGGCAGCUCGCAUGCGACCACAAAUAAUGAGCAAGUAACUGCAUCAGCACAAGCAUCAAACAGCGGUGGCGGAGUCAGCAUUAGCGUUGGCUUAGGCGGGCAGCAGCUGAGCAAUGUCUGUAGUAUGGCUGGUAGCUCACAGCAGACAAAGAAGUCAGCGAUCGCCGGUCAGAUUACUGCAUCAUCACUGCCAAAUGUACAUUCCACGAACGGGACACGUGGCUAUCGAAUUUCGGCGCAGCUGCUCGAUGGAGUACUAGAGAACUCCCGACGCCCGAUUCAGCGUAAGGUGAAAUUAUUUUCUGUUACCGAUCUCGACGAUCGUGCCGAUCACCGGCCAUUUUUUACUUACUGGAUUAAUACAGUGCAGAUUUUGGUGCUAUUAUUGUCACUUAUAUGUUACGGUAUCGGACCUAUCGGCAUUGGGGUCGAACAGAAAACUGGUCAGGUGUUGGUCACCAGCCUUAGCUUGCAAACAGUGCAGCACACAGAACAGCGAAAUGUUUGGAUUGGGCCCAGGAACAAUGAUUUGGUGCAUAUGGGUGCGAAGUUUGCCACCUGCAUGCGCAGUGAUGUUCGCAUCAUUGAUGUACUGUUGAAGACGCGGCGCCAAGAACGUGAAACAGCUUGCUGUAUUCGAAAUGAUGAUUCUGGAUGUGUACAAAGUUCACAAGCGGACUGCUCCGUGCGCGGACUUUUCCCAACCAAAUCUAUAUCGACUUGGAAGAAAUGGUCACCUGGAGAAUCGGGACCAGGCGGUCGUAUAUCCGGUUCGGUUUGUGGUCUGGAUCCAAAGUAUUGUGAUGCACCAGCAUCCAUAGCGCCAUACGAAUGGCCAGACGAUAUCACGAAAUGGCCCAUCUGCCGAAAAACGAAUUCUUUUUCACAACGUUUUCGCUACAAAGAUCACACCGCAGAGCAUAUGGUGUGUGAGGUGAUAGGCCAUCCGUGUUGCACUGGAGUCUAUGGAGAAUGCCGCAUUACCACCCGUGAAUAUUGUGAUUUCGUCAAUGGAUAUUUCCACGAAGAGGCUUCGCUGUGUUCGCAGGUAUGUUAAAACAAUUUGCAAUCUCAGGAUGCCAGGGAUUUAUUCUAAAAU